AUGGCCGCGCUACCAUCAUAUCAGGAUGCCGUCAGCAGACUCGACUGGCUUGGACUUGUCGCACCAUACGUCGAGGACAAGGACCUUGUCAAUCUUUGUUCUGUGAAUAGACGCUUCUACGCCGUCUUUGCAUCCCGCCUCUGGAACGACCCGUUGGUCGCCGUUCGACGCUUAGGACUGGAUCCUAGCAACGACUUGGAGUGGUACCUCGCAUUUGUCUUUGAUCGCAUGCACUGCAUGCGGCAGUCGACCCUGGCUCUGAUCACCACUCUUGACUUUCGCGACUUCGCCAAAGACACUGCCCAUUUUUCGUCUGAUAAUAGCACCAGGACAAUACCUGAGACUUUGCGAAGAUUGCCCACAAUACUACCGAAUCUGAGGUGCCUUCUCUUGGACGGCCACGUCGAGGCAGAUCCUGCCUUUCUGACUGCCACCCCGCCGUCCGGAGCAGAAUCUACGCCCUCUGACCAUGGCCAAAGUUUGUCGGUCCUUAGUGUUGCGUACUGCCAAACACAGCUGCCCAAUGGCUUUUUCUUGUCGGACAGGGUCCAGCACCUGGUGUAUCUCGACGUUUCUGGCCUGCCUGGUUCACUGCAGCCGCUUGUAGUGGCAGCCCACGGACGUCGCCAUUUGAGCCGCCUAAAGAUCCUCAAAGCGAGGCGUCGAGAGAUCAACGACGCACUUGCUCUAGCCCUGUUCAAAGCAUUCAGGAGUUCGUUGUGGAGUCUGGAUGUUUGCGAAAAUAACAUCACAGACGGCAUUCUCGAUCAGUUUGCUGCACUCUGCUUCAAUAGUCCGUCUUUGAGGUCUCAGUCCCGAUUCGUGACUGAGGGCAAACUUGUCUUUGACGGCCAAGGCAAUGACACCUACGGGAAGUUCGUGUCCAUCCAAGAAUCUGACUGGAGCGGAGCCUUCAGCCAUCCGGAACGGCACUUUGUGGAUGCCCCCGCCUACUGUGCCGAUGCAAGUCGGGUUCUGCAGGAGGACGAGGCAUUCCGAGCCAAUGGCCGAACCCCAUUGAAGAGAGACAGCGCAGACUCUGUUAAGGCCGCAAUUGCGGGGAGCAUAGAUCGGACAGUGCCUGACUGGCUCGACGUGCCCUAUCUCGACGUCUGCACUGCACCUGCGGGGAUCACGCAUCUGCAUAUCUCAGACAACUGUGUCACUUCAUCAGGCUUGGAGAGGCUGAUACGCAGUUCACAAGGCCAACUGGAAGAGCUAUCUUGCGAUUCUCCGUUGUUUCAGCCAACCCAUCGUUCUGCUGCCAAGCAUCAUGUCCCAUGGCCUGCCAACCUGAAGCUGCGUGGUGCUCUGGGUUGUGCACACGUAUUCCGUCCCGCUUUUUCGUCCAACCUCAGGGUCCUGCGCAUUCAUCAUUCACUGGUAACUCAAAUACCGACACUCGAGGCUAACGGUCUGUCAACCAUGGCACGCCUCUGGCUAGCUGAGACAACCAUCAGGGAACGAUCCGAGAGUGCUUUCCCCCCAGCUUUCGAGCCGGACAUGAACCCGCGACUGACGUCCUUGACUUUGACCAAGAUCCCGCGGCGCUCGAUUGGGCCUUUGAUCGACAAGCUUCUGCAAUUUGUCAAGCUCAUGGGGCUACAAGAGUGCGCGAUACAAGAAACGGCUCACUUGUUGUCUCGGCGUGGUCCUUUAUUGCUUCGCGGGCUGCGUCAUCUUCGCCUCGAAUUUGAGGCCGACCCGAUCGAGGAUCCCACAGGGUUGUCAACUGUGGAAGACCUUGAUGCCGAAGGGCUCAUGAACAUGGACGAAGGCGAGAGCUUCAGUUUCUUUGGAGAUGAGCGUCCCCAGUCUCGCACGUACGCCGGGCGCGCCACGAAAAAGCAAGCAACAGAAAAUGAUGGGUCUGCUGUGCUACCACCAAAGGUCGUUGCAGACCGCUUAACAGGGUUUCCUCAUAACGAGGCUGAUGCAGAGUGCAUGCGUUAUAGUGAUACUUGGGGCGAGCGGCAAGUCGACCGGGGCGUGUGGAUCGGAACCGGUAUCCUAGGCGCCAACCACGCCAUCAAUGAGUACAUGAAGCUGGUGAUGCACUCAUCGCUGAGAAGCAGAGUCGGACCCGCGACCCCAGCUCACGUAAAAGCAGGUGUUCCAGAGGGCGCUCUCAUCUUCCAGGCGGCGUGGGACGCCAUUGUCAUGCCGCUAGAAUUGAAACCGCCUAGAACGACGGAACUUCAUGGAAUGCGGGACGUUCUAGAGGCAAUCAAGGAGUUUCGCGUCAACACGAAGGCGGAUUACGAGGCCGCAAAAAGGGAGGCCGUUGAGGGCAUGGCAGAGCCCACAAGGCGGCAGCAUUUCUUCUGGACCGGGAGGCUUGAGGUUUCCACCCAGCAGAGCAUGGCACACUAUCGAGCGCCCAAUUAUUGGCGAUAG